GUGUGUGCACUUCUUCCAGGCAUGAGAACAGCAUGCAUCUACUAGUAGGGCUCCUGAGUGGCUCCCAGGCUCAGUGGUGUCUGCUGGCCCUCCAGUGUCUCCACGAGCUGUCCCAGUCCCACCAGCCCAACGUGACCCUGGCUUGUGUGCCCGCCACCCCUUACCUGCUCACCUACCUGUCCGGCCAAAGCACCAAGCUGACAAGCCAGCGUUCCAACCUAGCCGUAGUGGAAGCCGUAGGUUUCACUCUCUCCCAGCUGCUUCAGGCGAAGGACGCAGCGGAGAAGAUAACACCGGCGGUGCUAGCCUCAGGCCUGCCUUCACUCCUGAGGUCUGUGCUGUCCCCUGACCCCCAGUUCGGCCUGGCUCCGGCCAUCGAGUGUGCUUGGUGUCUUCACUACCUCACCUGCAGGUCGGGGUCUCCCACCGCCAGAGAAGCACCACAGAUGUUUAUUCCCACUCCCAUUCCCAAUUUCAUUCCAAUAAUCCUGUUAAUCGUUGCCCUAUUGACUUGUGGGUAUUUUCCGCUCUGA